GCGGCGGGGCCGGGGCCAGCGCCGGAGGCAGGGGGGCGGCGGCGGGCUCCACCAGGCCGGCGGGGUGGGGGGGGGCGCGCGGGAGCCGCCGCCGUUUCUUCUGCGCCUCACCAUGGACUCGGACGAGGGUUACAACUACGAGUUCGACGAGGACGAGGAGUGCAGUGAGGACAGCGGCGCGGAGGAGGACGAGGAGGAUGAUGAUGAGGACGAGCCCGACGAUAACCUGGACCUGGGCGAGGUGGAGCUGGUGGAGCCCGGGCUGCGCGUCGGCGGAGAGCGCGACGGGUUGUUAGGCAGUGAGACGGGAGGGCUGGGCCCUGGCGGCGGCGGCGGCGGCGGCGGCCUGGGCGGCGGGCCGGGCCCCGGCGGCGGCCCUGAGCAGGAGGAGGAUUAUCGCUACGAGGUGCUGACCGCCGAGCAGAUCCUGCAGCACAUGGUGGAGUGCAUCCGCGAGGUCAACGAGGUCAUCCAGAAUCCAGCGACUAUCACUCGAAUACUGCUUAGCCAUUUCAACUGGGAUAAAGAGAAGCUGAUGGAGAGGUACUUUGAUGGCAACUUGGAGAAGCUCUUUGCAGAGUGUCAUGUAAUUAAUCCAAGUAAAAAGUCUCGAACGCGCCAGAUGAACACAAGGUCAUCAGCCCAGGAUAUGCCUUGUCAGAUCUGCUAUCUGAACUACCCAAACUCGUACUUUACUGGCCUAGAGUGUGGACACAAGUUUUGUAUGCAGUGCUGGAGUGAAUAUUUAACUACCAAAAUAAUGGAGGAAGGCAUGGGACAGACCAUUUCAUGCCCUGCUCAUGGCUGUGAUAUCUUAGUCGAUGACAAUACAGUUAUGCGUCUGAUAACAGAUUCCAAGGUUAAAUUAAAGUACCAGCAUUUAAUAACCAAUAGUUUUGUAGAGUGUAAUCGACUGUUAAAAUGGUGUCCCGCCCCAGAUUGCCACCAUGUUGUUAAAGUCCAAUAUCCUGAUGCUAAACCUGUUCGCUGCAAAUGUGGACGUCAGUUUUGCUUUAAUUGUGGUGAAAACUGGCAUGAUCCUGUUAAAUGCAAGUGGUUAAAGAAAUGGAUUAAGAAGUGUGAUGAUGACAGUGAAACUUCUAAUUGGAUUGCAGCUAACACAAAGCAGGAAAACAGGGCAGUCGUGUUUGGCGAGGGAUGUCUUGUGCCUUCACAGCUGUUUGCUUCAGUGACUGCAAGUCAGAGCCCAAAUUCUGUGUUGAAUUUCUUCAUUUUGAAGAACCUAGAAGGGAAUCGGAUCAGGUACCAUCAGAUGCAAAAAUCCCCUUUUUCAGUGGGAAAAACUCUGCAGGAAUGCCCAAAAUGCCAUGUCACCAUUGAGAAGGACGGGGGCUGCAACCACAUGGUCUGUCGGAACCAGAACUGCAAAGCAGAGUUCUGCUGGGUGUGUCUGGGCCCUUGGGAGCCACACGGAUCUGCCUGGUACAACUGUAAUCGCUACAAUGAGGAUGAUGCAAAGGCAGCAAGGGAUGCACAGGAGAGAUCCAGAGCAGCCCUGCAGAGGUACCUGUUCUACUGCAACCGCUAUAUGAACCACAUGCAGAGCCUGCGCUUUGAGCACAAGCUGUAUGCUCAGGUGAAGCAGAAAAUGGAGGAGAUGCAGCAGCACAACAUGUCAUGGAUCGAGGUGCAGUUCCUGAAGAAAGCAGUCGACGUCCUCUGCCAGUGUCGUGCCACACUCAUGUACACUUACGUCUUUGCCUUCUACCUCAAAAAGAAUAAUCAGUCCAUUAUCUUUGAGAAUAACCAAGCAGACUUAGAGAAUGCCACAGAGGUGCUUUCUGGGUACCUUGAGCGAGAUAUAUCCCAAGAUUCGCUGCAAGACAUAAAGCAGAAAGUACAGGACAAGUACAGAUACUGCGAGAGUCGACGAAGGGUUUUGUUGCAGCAUGUGCAUGAAGGCUACGAGAAGGACCUGUGGGAGUACAUUGAGGACUGAGACUGGCCCCGCAUAAAACGAACUCUGAAACCUUUACCAUCUAGAGUGCUCAUGCGAUUCAAAUAAAACACACACAAGGCGCUACGCCUGUUACACCGCUGGUCUGUAGUACCGGGAUUCUGUUUUGUUAACAGAAAAUUUAAGUAAAUUAUAUUGUAAUAAAAAAAGGUAGAUAAACCAUUGUACAACAGUAUUCUAGGCGGCCAAUAAGAGUGUGACAGACGCACUAAAAAAAAAAAAAAACCCUCCAACUUUAACUUGUAACGUAGCUUCAUUCUCCAAGCCGACUCCUUUUUCUUUUCUAUCUUUAUUUUCCUGUGUGUAGUACAGAUGGAAUUUAAACCAGUUUCUUGACACUGCUUUUCAUGUCCAAACCAGCCAUUUUGAUGUACUUUGGUAAGGGGGGGAUGGCUCUCCUGCCCCCCUUUUCCUCUCUGCCACCCAAGUACACAGAUGAAUGUUGAUUGGCUCAUUGUAAAGAUUAUUCUUGGGGAGGGGAGGAGGGGGGUUACACAGCAAGGAAAAAAAAACACCUUUGUAUAUGACUUUUAAAACAAAAAGAGGACAACACAGUAUUUUUCAAAGUUGUAUAUAGCGCAUAUGCAUGGACAAAGAGCAAGCGUGGCACGUGUUUGCAUAAUGUUUAAUUACAAAAAAUAUUUAUUCUUUAAAAAUCUUCAAGAUUA